CCACCGAGGCAGAAAUAUCCAAGGUGCCUACUCCAAGCAAUACUCUUGCUAGUGAUAGUAGUAUAAAAAUAAACACAGGCUGAGACGCCGGGGAUGAGCAGGAUUCGCGGGGGGGAAGGAAGGAGCAGCAAGCAAGCAGCAAGGGGAGAGCCGUCAACUCAAGAGGAUCGUCAAGAACAAGAAGAUGGGCACCACGCAGCGGCAGCUGCUCCUGCUCUUCUUCCUAUCUGCGGUCGCCCCGCAGGUAGUUAGAGCACUGAAACCAAUCCCAAAUUCCAAUCUUGGGGUCGAGGAGGGAGACAAUUCCAUAGGAAUCAUACAGAAGGACAUCAUAGAGACGGUCAACAAGCAUCCCGAUGCUGGGUGGACGGCUGCACACAAUCCUUACUUUGCCAACUAUACUGUAAGUGAAAUAGCAUUCAUAAUUUUAUCUUUCCCCCACCUGUUAACCUUGAAACCAUCCCUGUUUCUGCAGAUUGCACAAUUUAAACGUAUCCUUGGAGUGAAGCCCACACCACAGGGUGUGCUGACCGAUGUUCCUGCCAAAACUUAUUCAAGAUCACUGAAACUUCCAAAGGAGUUCGACGCCAGAUCUAAGUGGUCUCAUUGCAGCACAAUUGGGAACAUACUUGAUCAAGGUCAUUGUGGCUCCUGUUGGGCAUUUGGUGCCGUGGAGUGCCUCCAGGAUCGUUUUUGCAUUCAUAUGAACAUGAACAUUUCACUAUCAGUCAAUGACCUAGUGGCAUGCUGCGGUUUUAUGUGCGGUGAUGGUUGUGAUGGAGGCUAUCCUAUCAUGGCAUGGCGCUACUUUGUUCAAAAUGGUGUUGUCACAGAGGAGUGCGAUCCAUAUUUCGAUCAGGUUGGUUGCAAGCAUCCUGGAUGCGAACCUGCUUAUCCUACACCAAUGUGUGAAAAGAAAUGCAAGGUGCAGAACCAAGUUUGGGAGGAAAAAAAGCAUUUCAGUGUCAAUGCGUACAGAAUAAAUUCUGAUCCAGAUGACAUAAUGUCAGAGAUCUAUGAAAAUGGCCCUGUAGAAGUUGCUUUCACAGUUUAUGAGGAUUUUGCCCACUACAAAUCUGGAGUAUACAAACACAUUACCGGUGGCAUGAUGGGUGGCCAUGCUGUUAAGUUGAUUGGAUGGGGAACCAGUGAUGCUGGAGAGGAUUACUGGCUUCUUGCAAAUCAGUGGAACAGAGGCUGGGGUGAUGACGGGUACUUCAAAAUCAUACGAGGCAGAAACGAAUGUGGCAUCGAAGAGGACGUUGUUGCUGGAAUGCCAUCCACAAAGAAUAUGGUCAGAAACUACGGUGGUUCCUUUGGAACAGCUGUAGUUUGAUCGCUGCCAGUAUCGGAUAGGAUAGCCAUGUAUUUAUACUGCUGAUGAACUUUGUAAAGUGGCCUUGAUGGUGUACGUAUUUUGUACACCAGCACGUUGGCAAGGCUGGCACUGGCAGGUUGCUGAGAUGGCAACUUCUGUUCUGAAACAUUUACGACAGUUGUGGCUGUUCCAUUCUUAGAUUCAGCUGUGUAACAGAAAGACAGACAGACAUAAUAAGAAGUCUGCUGCAUAAGUGAGUGCAAAUCGAUACAA